AUUCAGUUAUUAUGAAUGCAAAAUAUAUCUUAGAACUUUUAGAUCAAAGUGCUGUUGAAAAAGUUUGGAAUGUAUCAAGAGUUACAAGUCAAAAGAUUAAUCACAUUGUGUUUCUUUUAAUGGAUGGUUUACGUUUAAUUGCAACACGUUGGAUUUCAAGAAACUUACGAGCUGAUGCAUUAAAAGAAUGUGCGUAUCAUGGUCAAUGGUUUAAUAAGAUACCAAGUAGUUUGACUACUGACAUGACAGAACAACUUUUUUAUGGAAAAAUUUGGGGCCUUGCCUAUACUGCCGUAGAUAAAUGUUUGUUGCAUCAUGAUUAUAAAUUUGUAUAUUUUAUUGAAGAAUAUUUGGAUAAGAUUCAUAAAUAUAAAGAGAUCAUUAUGGAAUAUGAGACUCAAAAUCAUAUUUCAGUUAACAAUUCUAAUGAGCAUCAAGCUCAAAAUUUUGUUGAAAAUGAUAUAGCAAAUAAAGAGAAUAUUGAAUUGCCUAUAUAA